UGGGGGGCCUUGCUCUUAUAUUAAUUCAACUCCUUUCUCAGCUGAAACUUCAUUUUCUAGACUUCAUAUCAUAUAUCGUCUCAUUCGCUCUGAUAUAUCCUCUUUAUCACAGUGCAUCGAUCAUCCUUGAGCUUUUGUUGUUCAGUGCCGCUCUUGUGCUGACAUUUCUCCUAGGAAUUAGCAAGAAAACUUUCUGUUAUUGGAAAAGGGAUAUCAUUCCCCUCAUUGUAGACGUGGGGCUAUCUACAAAUGGGGAGGCACUCUUGCUGCCACAAGCAAAAGCUUCGCAAGGGUCUCUGGUCCCCUGAUGAGGAUGAGAAAUUGCUCAGGCAUAUCACUAAGUAUGGCCAUGGCUGCUGGAGCUCUGUUCCUAAGCAAGCAGGCUUGCAGAGAUGUGGAAAGAGCUGUAGGCUGAGGUGGAUCAAUUACCUGAGGCCUGAUUUGAAGAGAGGCACAUUCUCACAAGAAGAGGAGAACCUCAUCAUUGAGCUUCAUGCAGUAUUAGGGAAUAGAUGGUCGCAAAUUGCAGCACAGCUGCCAGGAAGAACGGAUAAUGAAAUAAAGAAUCUGUGGAAUUCAUGCCUCAAGAAGAAGCUGAGGCAACAAGGGAUAGACCCUGUGACCCAUAAACCACUGUCGGAGAUUGAGAAUGGAGAUCAGGACAAAGAUGGAGAGAAAGUUGCAGCAGUUAGUUCCAGUGAAUUGAACCUCCUGAAAUCAGAAAGCUCCAGGUCCGAUGGAGCUUCCUACGAGCACAAACCAGGUUCAAGUAUUGCCCAUAAAGCCUAUGCACACGACAUGGAGGGUUCUUCUUCUACCUCCAAGAUUAACACCAGAAGCAACACUAAUUUCAUCCCCGAUUGUUCCAGUAAAGAGUUGUUACUGGACAGCAGGUUCAUCAACAGUCACCAGGAAAUCUACACCACUUCAGAUUUCAUGACGAAUUUCCCUCUUCAAAUGACCUAUACGAAUCCAUCCACUGACUCUUCUCGUUGGUUCACUCAAACUGGAGGAAGAUCAUUUGAUAUAAAUACUGAAUUUACCUCCAGUACCAUGUCCACUGCCUUUCCACUUUCAACCUCCUCAUUCCUCCCUACUUCCGUCUGCUACAAGCCUUCUCUCCCCGUUCCAUCUGAGGAUAUCUCUACUGGUUCCUUCCCUGUGAAUGAACCCCGGUACUGGGAAGCCAGUGCUUCCAACCAUAGCAAUAGAAACGGCCCCUUGAACUUGCAGAACAGUAUUGUUUCUUGGGGAUUGACAGACUGUGGUGGUACUCCUGCUAAGGAGGCUCAUCACCAGAUUAAUAUGAUGGAGAGUCAGACGGAAGAAGCCAGGUGGGCUGAGUACCUUCAUGGUAACCCAAUCUUAAUGCUGGCUGCUGUACAGAAUCAAGGUUCAGAAUCCUUAUGCAACGAUAUAAGGCCAGCCUCACAUUUGGUACCGGAGUCUUUAGGAGCUAUUUUGCCUUAUCAUCACAAGCAGCAAGAUCAUCAAGCUUCUGCAAUAUUCUCAAAGGACAUCCAGAAGCUCACUGCAGCUUUCGGACACAUAUAGCAGGCUUUAUGUUAUAGAAAUGCUCUUUUCGAUAGGGCUUCAAGAGGAUUCAUCGAUGUUCUUCUUAAUUAGCAUACAGGUGUGCGUCACAGAUUUUGCUCUUUGUAUAUAGGUCCGAUACAACCAUUUCUUUCAUCCCCUUCAUUUUGAUAGUAUUUGUGAGCCAACAACCAUUUGCCUUUCCCUUUUCCCUUUUCUUUUUAAUCCUUUUUUUUUCCCCUCGGGUGUGGGGUAAAUUUUAGGAUGUGAGUGUUGAUCUGCUGUCAUGCUGUCUGUCGUCUUUCUAUCUCAUAUUUGCAAAACUCUGUGAGUACAUUACGAUGGUAGCGCACUUUACUCUAUAUAUCUAAGCCAUCCCAAACGUUUAUUGAGGCACGAGAAACUUUCUUCUUGUUUCCUUUUUUCUUUUUAUUUUUAAAUUUUCUUAGUUUUUCCUUUCAAUGUGUGGGACUUGAUUACUUUAUUUCGCGUAGAAUUAUCCAAAGCAGUUUUGAACACGCGGUGUCUUCUCGAAAUUCACACUUCACACAUUGAGCGACCGACCUCUCAGAGUGGGCAGAAAUCAGCACAAAACUUGGGGAGCGAGCAAUUUAUCCAGCCCCAACAUUCUAAAUGGGUUUGUCCAUCGUUUUCACUACCAUGAUAGGCUUGAACCUUUUCCCUUGCUUUCCUGGGAACUUUUAAUUUUUCUCGCACUCUAAUAUUAUGCGGUUGGCGACUUUGUGUGUACCUUCCAAACGAAACCGGCGUUCCUGACCGACGUCAUUUUCACCUCUUUUCUUUCUGUUUUUUUUUUUUUCAAUUUCCCCCCUUUUAUCUAGAAAAGGACACGACACAGAGCCCUGAAAAUAAUUAAAAACGAAAAGCUUGGCAGAAUUCCUCUCGAAAAUGAUCAUCAUCACAUUUCAAAUGUACUAUUAUGCUUGUCUGGCUGAUAUUAAAAUGAGGGGACCCAAAUUGCAGACUGGUUCUGUGGCAGUGUGUCAAAUAGCAAUGUAUAUCUCUUUCAUUCCAUGGACGCACAGUAAGACUAAGAGGGUACCACUUAAUCCCACUGGCGAAACGGAAAGUUACUCACUUGCGAUCCGUACAAUGAGACAGUGACUCCCAAGCGAAUAAAGGCCAUUUGUUUUGCGUCCGUGUCUUGUAGCUCUUUUAAGACAGCCUUUAAACAUUAUCGUCGAGAAAGAAAGUGUUGAAUUUGCAGAAUCCCAGUUUUAUAUGAAA